CAGGCACCGUGGCACUGGCACCCCCCGGCGGUUAAGGGAAGAAGAAACAAUGACAGAAUUGGCGUGUCGAUCUUUCCAGUCUUUCCUGUCAGGGAGCACCCUUCCGAGCGAGGUUCAAGGAUCGACAUGUCUCCGUCCGAAUACCCUUACUGGCCUCUCUUUCUCUUCGCAGUAACUGCUCAUUUUCCUGCUGUCACGCCUCUACCUGUUUCUCCAACCACACCUUUGAGUGUUGACGACAGAGUAGGGAGCGAUUCGCUGGGGGAAGGAUGUGCAACAGUGAUCGGCGACCAUCUUCCACCUCAUCUUGCAGUGACUAAUUUCGGAUGGCUUUUCGUCCGGGAACAUGAAUAUCAUCUCCAUGCCUGCGCUCCCCUGUCCCUCAUGCCCUUGUCUGUCUGGGACUCCGACUCCGAUUCCGAUCUUGAGCCACUAAGUCUCUCAACGACAUCAAGUCAUCUGUCGCUCCGGAUUUGCAUUUUGAUCGCUCAAGGGAGCAGCGAAACGUCGCUCAUCGCUUGCGAAAUAUGAUAACGUCAAAACACCUGGCCGGCCCCGGUUCGCUACAGGCUGCUUGCUUGCUUGUAAUCUGCCCGCCACCUGCUCAUCCAUGAUGCUAU